AUUGAGGACUCUCUCUACCAAACAAAUAAGGAAACAUAAACACACACACACAAGAAAAGAAAAGAAAAAAAAGAACAGUCUCUUCUUCUUUCUUUAAUACAUGAAAAACAAAAGAUUCCUCAAUUUUGUUCUUAUUUUUCAUUAGUCACAUUACUCUUCUCACUAUAAACCACACUGUCUUGAGAUAAAAAACAAAAAGAAGAGAGAUUAAAAAAAAAAAACCUCAUCCGAUGAUAGACUACGAGAGAAGCAAUAACACCACCAAGAACAUCAACAACCAUCAUCAUCGGAACCCUCCUCCUUCUUCAUCUUCCUCCGAUCUUCUUCCCGACGGUAAUGGAGCCGCCGUUACUCAGAAACGGAAACGAAGACCCGCCGGGACACCAGAUCCAGAGGCUGAAGUGGUAUCUUUAUCACCAAGAACGUUACUAGAGUCGGAUCGGUACGUGUGUGAGAUCUGUAACCAAGGGUUUCAAAGGGACCAGAAUCUACAGAUGCACAGGAGACGACAUAAAGUUCCAUGGAAGCUUCUAAAAAGAGAGACCAACGAGGAAGUAAAGAAGAGAGUCUACGUCUGUCCGGAACCGACAUGUCUCCACCACAACCCUUGUCACGCGCUCGGAGAUCUCGUGGGAAUCAAGAAACACUUCCGGAGAAAACACAGCAACCACAAGCAAUGGAUCUGCGAGCGAUGCUCAAAAGGCUACGCUGUUCAAUCUGAUUACAAAGCUCAUCUCAAGACUUGUGGCACUCGUGGUCACUCCUGUGACUGCGGCCGUGUUUUCUCCAGAGUGGAGAGUUUCAUAGAGCAUCAAGACAAUUGCACCGUACGCCGAUCCCAACCCUCCAACCACCGUUUACCACAGCAGCAACGUACCACGACCGCUACUACACAAACCGCUUCAACCGCGGAUGACAGCGAAAACGCUGACCUCUCCAUUGGUCAUAUAUUGUCUGGACAUCCUUUACAAAGAACACAAUCUUCACCGUCCGAUCAACAACCAUCAUCUUUGCUCUAUCCUUUCGUUUCCUCGUGCGCUACUAAUGGUAGCAAUAGCAUCGAGCUUCAGCUACUUCCCUCGAGGUAUAGUGCUGAUGAGACCAGUCUUAGUCUGUCUAUAGGAACGUUGGAUCAGACGACAAUGUCUGAAGUUGAGAGGAAGAGCUAUGAGAAGGGAGAGACGAGCAUGGAAACGGAGGAGGCGAGAAGAGAAGUGAAGAGGCAGAUUGAAAUAGCUGAGAUGGAGUUUGCUGAAGCCAAGAGAAUAAGGCAACAUGCGAGAGCUGAGCUUCACAAGGCUCAGAUUUUUAGAGAAGAAGCAAGUAGAAGGAUUAGUGCAACGAUGAUGCAAAUCACUUGCCACAAUUGCAAACAACACUUUCAAGCCCCAGCUGCUUUGGUUCCUCCUCCUCCUCAGCCGCAUUGUACCGAUGAGAGCACGUCUCUCGCCGUUAGCUACGUGUCAUCAGCGACUACCGAAGGGGAAAAGGCAAGUGAUAGAGCAUCUUCAUAGACCUUGGAAGAGAGAACACAAAAGGAAAAAAAGUAUUCUUCUUCUUUUUUUUUUUUUUUCGUUUCUUUGAUUGGAAUUGAAGAUCAUCUUUUGAUAUUCGUUGGUUUUUUAUAUAUAUUUUCUUGGUUUGUGGGUAACCAGGGUUGGGUAUUCACUUGGGUUUGAUUGUAUUUUUCUCAAACAAAACCAAAGAAGAUAAGAGUUUUGUUGUACCAA